AUGGCUGAAGACAACGAAAUAGCCCUCGACUCUACUUUAAUCCUCGCCUCUCCUAAUACAAACACAGUGACGACUCAAACAGGCCCCUCCGCCAACGUUCGCGCUUUCUUCGACCAAAACGGGGGCCUAUCCAAUGCAGAAGACGGAAUGUACCCUGCUAUCAGCAUUGCUGUUGACCUUGGAGGGGUGUCGGAUACUAGUUCCCCUGCUCAAGCGCUCUUCGCUGUUGGAGUUCUCAGGGAUCCGGUCGUGCAGUACUCCAGAGAGGGUAGCUCGGAAGAGGCGAGACGGCCUUAUUUCUUGACCAAGUGGUCUACCGUUGAGGAUGCACUCGAGGCAUUCCUGGAGGAUUUCCCAGCUGCAUUAUCAAGAGCGACCGAGUUGGAUGCUAGGAUCAUGUCUGAAGCAAGGUCUGCCGGUUCAGAGGAGUACGUCGACCUCGUCGGACUGUCUCUUCGUCAAGUUGUGGCCUCUUUCGAUAUCACCACUUCCGAGGACCCAGAUGCGAAGGACGUCAAAGCUUUCUUAAAGGACAUUGGUACCAGCAGCCGUGCCAAUCCAGUUGAUGCGCUGUACGCUUCGACACCAGCGCUACUCUACCUCAACCCCUCUUUGGUUGGGAUAUUGCUUGACCCGCUUCUGGAAGCACAAUCGCUGUCCAGUUAUCCACAUCCAUACGCAGUGCCCGAUUUGGGCGCUCAAUAUCCCAUCGCGACUCGAAUCGAAUCGGAGGAACAUAGGGCUUUGGGACUUGAUAGUUCCGCGAGUAUGUUAAUCAUGACCUAUCUUCACGCUCAAAAAUCUGGAGAAGGACACUUGUUAAAGAAAUAUCACGGUCUUUUGAAGCAAUGGGCCGACUUCUUAGUGGAGCACGCAGCCAGUCCAAGUGAAUUCGUAACAUCAGACGGACUAACCCAAGCCAACAACGCGAAUUUGGCGCUCAAGGGUAUCUUGGGCGUGCACGCCAUGAGCCUGAUCAACCAAGCGCUUGAGAAGGAAGGGCAAGGAAGCGAAGACACUGCACAUUACGCUGAGACCGCUGAGCGCUUGUACACCGAAUGGAAACGCUCAGCGUUCAUCUCCGGAAGAGUAAUUUCCAGCUAUGGGCAGCCCGACUCGUGGAGCUCUGCAUGCAACCUCUACCUAGCGAGGCUGCUUGGCGCGGACUUCGUUGAGGACCAAAUAUUCGACGGCCAGACCGCAUUUCUUAGCUCACAACUGGCGGCAACAAGGAACACCUUUGGUCUGGGACACGACAGUAAUGACGAAUUCACCGUCAAGUCCCAUUGGACCAUGUUCACCGCUGCAACAAUGACCGACACUGACGCUCGAAAUCGAUUCGUCUCUAUCAUCCACAACCGAACCUUCCUGGAAGGAAUGACGCCCGCUUUUGCUACCACUUGGGAUGCCCGGAGCGCUAGCACUUUGGGCGGGCGAGCUAGCAUCCCUGAUAAGGCAAUCCAAUUCACCUCAGGACCAGGAACGGGGGCAGGGACAGGAGGGGGUAGCGGCGACGGUGGUAGCGGUUCAAACUCCUCGGGUUCGAAGGUGAACCUCGGAGCCAUAGUCGGCGGAGCAGUGGGAGGACUAGCAGCCCUAGCAUUCACCAUCCUCGCCAUAAUUUUCUUCAUCCGCAAAAGAAAGACCAAGCAGACGAGCCUCGAGGAGAGUAAGCCAAGUGGACACACUGGUGUUACGACUCCCCCGCCGGUGCAACCGGCAGCUACUACGCAAGAAUCAACGCCCGGCACGGUCUCAUCCCCUCUCAGUAACCAGAGUCCGGCGUCUCAAGUAUUCGUUAAACCUCCGUUACCACCGAGUGCGAGUCUGUUGACAACCUCAGGGGCUGCACCUUCCUCUCCUGCACCCCCGUCAGAAGGGGCCGCCUCCAUCCUGGCCGCGUCGACUGCAUCCUCCGGGGCAGGGCGUCGGAGUAGCAUCAGCAAGUCGGGCUCACCCUUGUUGGGUGGUCAGUCUCGGCAACAGCCCGAGAGGGAACGUCCCCUUUCAGAAGCAGAGGAUUUGCGAGCCGAGGUGCUUGCAUUGAGGAGGGAAAUGGAGGAAAUGAGAGCGCGGACGGCUCUGAGUAGUAGCAGCAAUUUACCUGACGAACCUCCCCCUCAAUAUUCAUCAUAG